AUGAAUCGAGGAGGUAGACCGUUGCAUAAAUACUGGGAAGAAGAAAACCAUGAAAAACGAUACGAAGGCAAAAAACUUUUUGCUUAUUGCAUGAUUUGCAAAAAAACAAUUCGUCAUACAGCUGAAACCAGAUUAAGAGACCAUAGAAGAUCUUGUCAAGAGCCACUAAUUGAUGAUGAAGAAUUUGAAGAGGUUAUUAUCAAUAUCAAUCGCGAUGAAAGCGAUACAAAUACGACUAUACAUUCUGAUCUUGAUUCCAUUAUGUUGAAUGUAACAAAUGAAGAAAACUUAGAAAACACAGAUGCUUCAGCCACUUCAUCGUCAAAUGCUAUUCAAAUUCAGCUACCGAAACGUUCAGUUCUGAGGCCCAUUGAUAAUAACGGCCAAAAUAAGAAAGCUUUGUCCAACAAAAAAAGAAAACAAAUUGACGAAUUUAUUGACAAGAUAUCUUGUGCAGAAAAAGCAGCUAUUGACAAUAGUCUUAUAACAUUUUUAUGCGGAUGUAACAUUCCAUUCGAUAUUUUGAAUUCCACUCAUUUCAAGAAGUUCGUGAAAUUACUGAGACCAGCUUACGAACAUCCAUCUAAAAGUACGGUUAACACUCUCUUAAAUUCUGUGUAUGACCAAUUAACGACAGAUUCUUCAACGUAUGAACAAUCAGAGGGAAUAUUGAUGAUUUCAUCUAGCAUGCUGAGCCAAGGGGUUGAUUCAAAACACAUCGUUGGAAUUGUACACACAAAAUCAAGAGGAAAUUUGUUUCUUAAAAUUUGGUCAAUUCCGAUCAAUGCAAAUAAUGUGACGGAAAUUGUUGAUGAUGCAGUGCAAAUAUCCAAAGAGAAAUACAAAGUGGAUAUUUAUGCGGUUAUCGCAGACGAUGAUUUAUGUAGAAAGCAUCCAAGUCUGGCGAAUUUUGCUAAAAAAUUAACACAAAUACCAGCUUUAGUUGCCCAGGUGAAAUUUCAGACCAUUUGUUGCGACAAUAUUUCUCCCGAUAAUAAUAAAAAAAUCAUUGAACUUUAUUAUAGAUUAAAGCUUCAAGACGAAAAUAUAACAGACAAGUACUAA